GUGAUGUGAUAACAACUAAGUUCACUCCGUGGUGUCUGUGACACUAAACAGGGGACCAACUCUUAAUGAGAAACAAAAUCAAAGUGCUGGCAGUAACAUAAGACAGGGGCAUAUAUAUAACCCUUAUUUCUAGUGACUGUUUAUAAUAUUUAUUUAUUUUAAUCUCUAAAUUUCUAAUGUGUUUUGGAAGAAAAAGGUCAAGAUAUUGACAAAGCCUUGAUGUUGUUGUUACCAUUGGCAUAAUAUUCAAAGAAUGGGAAAUUUGCCUUGAAACUUGAAAUUCUGAUUCAAGAUAUUUAAUAUGAAACUUAAUUCAUAACGCAUAUCUACUAUGACAACUCAUAGCUGUGAAGCAAGUCCCAUAACUCAAGCUUAAAUAUGUGUCAAGUUAUUCCCCUUGAUUCACUGAGAGAAAUAGUUGAGCUUUGGUAACCUGGUUCCUGUGCUCUCGUUCAUACCCUGGUUGUAAAAUGCUUAUAUUUCCUAGUUCAUACAUGCCAUAUUUUCUGGAGACCAUUCAGGGGGAUUUUUUUCAAAAGGCUGAAAAUUCAGGGGGAUUUUGGUUGUAUUCAGGUGGAUUUUUUUAGCAGGUCUAAGUUGGGGAAAUUUUAAAGUAUUUUUAAACGCAAGUAUGAAAAAAUGUAUUCACAUAUAGUUUGCUUUGAAAACCUCUUAACUUGUUCAUUAUACAGAAUUAUUUUAUGUCAUGAUUUAUCAUAUUUUUGAUACACUGUCAUGUCAUACUGUAAUGCACUUGCAGAACAAAAUAUGUCAUUGGAAAAAUAUGUUUUCGAGACAAUUUAAUUAAAUUUACCUUCCUCCAAAGUCUUUGAAAAAAUUGUGCUCAGCUUUGAUGACUUUCAGACAAUAGGAGAAUAGAAUAAAUAUUAUCAAUUUCUUCCUUCCAAAAGAGUAAUAUAUCUUUGCCUUUGAUGAUUACUACAAAUUAAUUGAUCACUUGUUGUAAAAGUUUCCUUUUGGAGACAUACUGUGGUUUCACUUUGUCAUUAUUGCCUGAUGUAAAAUUUCCAAAAAAAAAUUAUUUUUUUUUUUUAAAUUCCGGGGCAUUUUUAUCUCCCGCUGGGAGACCGGGGGAUGGAUCGAAAUUUUGUGGGAUUUUUCCCCCCGCCGGGGGAUAUGGCAUGUAUGCUAGUUGAAGUGUACUUGCAGCAUUGACAGUAAUUAAGCUACUGUUUUGUACUGAUAUUGUGUUAUUGCACAUGAUAUGAUGGCCUGCAUUUAUAAUGUUAAGGCAAUACUGUUUGAAAUUUUGCCAUUUCAUGGUACUUUUGAUUAAAACUUCAUUUCUUAUUUGAAAGAUAAUGUCAGCGACUGUUGUGUAUUACAUUUGCAUGGUAGGCAGAAAUCAGAAGGUGCAUGGCAUGUUAAACACUGGUUGAAAUGAUCUUAUUAUUACAUUUUGAAUUGGUCACCCAAAGAGCAUCUGCAUGAUAUCCAACAGUUUUUAUAUUUCAUAAUAAUGCAUUUGACACUGAUAUUCUAUUUCUAUGAAGUAAAAUGAAGUAUAAAGCUAUAUUCAAAAAAACACCUGAGUCACUGUUAUUUCAAUUUUUAUGUUUGCACUUGAAUAUAUUUGAAGAGCAUUUAAUAACUGAUAAUUUUUUCUAGAAGUAAACUUUUUAGCUCACCUGUCACUUUGUGACAAGGUGAGCUUUUGUGAUCGCCUUUUGUCCGGCAUCCGUCGUGCGUAGUGCGUCGUGCGUCGUCCGUCAACAAUUUACUUAAAAGACAUCUCCUCCUUAACCGCUGGGCCAAUAUAAAUAAAACUUCAUAGGGAUGGUCCUUGGGUGGUCUUCUAUCAAAGUUGUUCAAAGAAUUCAAUUCCAUGUAGAACUCUGGUUGCCAUGGCAACCAAAAGGAAAAACUGUAAAAAUCUUCUUCUCCCAAACCACAAGGCUUAGGCCGUUGAUAUAUGGUAGGUAGGAUAACCAAAUGGUCCUCUACCAAGAUUGUUCAAAUUAUGGCCCUUGGGUCAAAAUUGGCCCCGCCCCGGGGGGUCAUGGGUUUUCUCUAUAUGUUUAUAGUGAAAACUUAAAAAAUCUUCUCCUCUGAACUUACUUGGCCUAGAGCUUAGAUAUUUGGCAUGAUUCAUCGUCUAGUGGACCUCUACAAAGUUUGUUCAAAUUAUGGCCCUGGGGUCAAAAUUGGCCCCGCCCCGGGGGGUCAUGGGUAUUCUCUAUAUGUUUUUAGUUAAAACUUAAAAAAUCUUCUCCUCUGAACUUACUUGGACUAGAGCUUAGAUAUUUGGCAUGAUUCAUCGUCUAGUGGACUUCUACAAAGAUUGUACAAAUUAUGGCCUUGGGGUCAAAAUUGGCCCCGCCCCGGGGGGUCAUGGGUAUACUUGAUAUGUUUAUAGUUAAAACUUCAAAAAUCUUCUCCUCUUAACUUACUUGGACUAGAGCUUAGAUAUCUGGCAUGAUUCAUCGUCUAGUGGACCUUUACAAAGAUUGUUCAAAUUAUGGCCUUGGGGUCAAAAUUGGCCCGGCCCCAGGGGGGGGGGGGGGUGUCAUGGGUAUUCUCUAUAUGUUUAUAGUUAAAACUUCAAAAAUCUUCUCCUCAGAACUUACUUGGACUAGUUCUUAGAUAUUUGGCAUGAUUCAUCGUCUAGUGGACCUUUACAAAGAUUGUUCAAAUUAUGGCCUUGGGGUCAAAAUUGGCCCCGCCCCCUUGGGGGGUCAUGGGUUUUCUCUAUAUGUUUAUAGUGAAAACUUCAAAAAUCAUCUCCUCUGAACUUACAUCACUUAGAGCUUAGAUAUUUGGCAUGAUUCAUCGUCUAGUGGACUUCUACAAAAUUUGUUCAAAUUAUGACCCUGGGGUCAAAAUUGGCCCCACCCCGGGGCUGAUGGGUUUUCUCUAUAUGUGUUAUAGUGAAAACUUAAAAAAUCUUCUCCGAACUCACAAGGACAAGUAACGUCUUAAUUUAAACUGGAUAACAUAUUUAGUACACAUACCAAUUUUCAAUAUGGGCCACAUACAACAAUUAAUAACAAAUAUACAUAUAUAGAUACACACGUAAAAUCAAGUAGUGACAAGAGCUUAGAUAUUUGGCAUGAUAUAUCAUCUAGUUGACUUGUACCAAUAUUGUUCAAUCUUUGGCCCUGGGGUCAAAAAAUGGCCCCAGCCGGGCGGUCAUGGGUUUCCUUAUAUAUGUAUAUGAUGAGAACUUAAAAAAUCUUCUUCUCCGAAACCAAAAGGCGAAGGCCUUAGAUAUUUGGUAUGAAGCAUCGUUUAUCGGACCACUAUUAAGAUUGUUCAAACUUUAGCCCUGGGGUCAAAAUUGGCCACGCCCCGUGUUCAUAGGCUUAGGAUUUCAAUAUUUGUAUAUAAUGGAAGAAUGUGCAAUAUAUGACAGGUGAGCGAUUCAGGGCCAUUUGGCCCUCUUGUUAUUAUAAGCAACAAACAAAUUUUCACACCAAAAAGUUGAUUUUUCGAAUUCAAAUAAGAACAUUUAUUGGGGUACAUUUCUUAUCAAAUACAUCAAAAUAUUAAUUUGGUUUCAGAACGGAAUUUGCAGCAUUUUAAAGAAAGAUAAAUGCAAAAAGUGAGAAACAGAAUAACAGUGGCUUAUAAUGGAGAGUGCGCUUUUAUUUUGAAAGACCAAAAACAAAAGAAACUUAUUAGCUCAGCAGAGCACGAAGUGCUCAAGGUGAGCUACUGUGAUCGUCUUUGUCCGUCGUCCGUCCGUCAGUCCGUCCGUCUGUCCAUCCGUCCAGGGUCACGAUUGAUUAACAACAACAACAACAAAACGGCCGACUUCCUGUAGUGCUUUUAAAAAUCAUCUCUUCUAAAACUACCAGUCCAAAUUCAAUUAAACUUUACAGGAAGCUUCCUUGGGUGACCCUCUACAAAAAUACAACAAGGGAUCACGAUUGAUCAACAACAACAACAACAACAAAAUGGCCGACUUCUUGUUUUGCUUUAAAAUACAUCUCCUCUGAAACUACCCAACCAAAUUCAAUGAAACUUUACAGGAAUCUUCCUUGGGUGACCCUCUCCAAAAAAACAACAAGGGGUCACGAUUGAUCAACAACAGCAACAACAACAAAAUGGCUGGCUUCCUGUUUUGCUUUUAAAAAUAUCUCCUCUGAAACUACCGGACCAAAUUAAAUGAAACUUUAUAGGAAGCCUUGGGUGACCCUCUACAAAAAUACAAUAAGGGGUCACGAUUGAUCAACAACAACAACAACAACAACAAAAUGGCUGACUUCCUGUUUUGCUUUAAAAAAACAUCUCUUCUAAAACUACCAUUCCAAAUUCAAUGAAACUUUACAGGAAGCUUCCUUGGGUGACCCUCUACAAAAAUACAACAAGGGGUCACAAUUGAUCAACAACAGCAACAACAACAAAAUGGCUGACUUCCUGUUUUGCUUUAAAAAACAUCUCUUCUAAAACUACCAUUCCAAAUUCAAUGAAACUUUACAGGAAGCUUCCUUGGGUGACCCUCUACAAAAAUACAACAAGGGGUCACAAUUAAUCAAAAACAACAACAACAUCAACAAAAUGGCCAACUUCCUGUUUUGCUUUAAAAAAACAUCUCUUCUAAAACUACCAGUCCAAAUUCAAUUAAACUUUACAGGAAGCUUCCUUGGAUGACUCUCUACAAAAAUACAACAAGGGCUCACGAUUGAUCAACAACAACAACAACAACAAAAUGGCCCUCUUCCUGUUUUGCUUUCAAAAACAUCUCCUCUGAAACUACUGGACCAAAUUCAAUGAAACUUUAUAGGAAGCUUCCUUGGGUGACCCUCUACAAAAAUACAACAAGGGGUCACGAUUGAUCAACAACAACAACAACAGCAACAACAACAAAAUGGCUGACUUCCUGUUUUGCUUUAAAAAAACAUUUCUUCUAAAACUUCCCGUCCAAAUUCAAUUAAACUUUACAGGAAGCUUCCUUGGGAGACCCUCUACAAAAAUACAACAAGGGGUCACGAUUGAUCAACAACAACAACAACAAAAUGGCCCUCUUCCUGUUUUGCUUUCAAAAACAUCUUUUCUGAAACUACCGGACCAAAUUCAAUGAAACCUUAUAGUAAGCUUCCUUGGGUGACCCUCUACAAAAAUACAACAAGGGGUCACGAUUGAUCAACAACAACAACAACAGUAACAACAACAAAAUGGCUGACUUCCUGUUUUGCUUUAAAAAAACAUCUCUUCUAAAACUUCCCGUCCAAAUUCAAUUAAACUUUACAGGAAGCUUCCUUGGGUGACCCUCUACAAAAAUACAACAAGGGGUCACGAUUGAUCAACAACAACAACAACAACAAAAUGGCCAACUUCCUGUUUUGCUUUAAAAAAACAUUGCCUCUGAAACUACCAGUCCAAAUUCAAUGACCCUUUACAAAAAUACAAGGCAUUGUGAUUGAUAAAGACAACAACAACAACAAAAUGGCCGACUUACUGUUUUGCUUUAAAAAGAAAUUGCUGAAACUACCAGGACAAAUUCAGUGAAACUUUACAGGUAACUUCAUUGCCUGACCCUUUACAAAUAUAAAACAAGGCAUUGUCAUCAGUAAAGAUAUGUUUAAAUUGCAGCAUUUUUAUUAAUGCUUUAUCACAUAGUUGUGGCCCUUUGCUUAGGUGAGCCUUUUAGGGCCAUCAUGGCCCUCUUGAGUUUUUUUAUUGUAAACAUAUCUUAUUGAAGUUGAAAAAGUCAAUUUCUAUGUUUGUAUUUGAUAUAACUUAGACAGCAAAAGCCCUAGCUUCAGGAGGUUUCGUAGGUUUCUCUAAAGUGCACUUUCUUGUAAUGCAUGUUGGUAUUACAUCAAACACAUACAAAAGCGUAUCUUUCAUGUUGGUAUUACAUUAAACAUAUACAUCUGUUUCCGUAGCGUAUCUUUCAUGUUGGUAUUACAUCAAACAUAUACAUCUGUUUCCGUAGCGUAUCUUUCAUGUUGGUAUUACAUCAAACAUAUACAUCUGUUUCCAUAGCAUACCUUUCAUGUUGGUAUUACAUCAAAUAUAUACAUCUGUUUCCGUAGCGUAUCUUUCAUGUUGGUAUUACAUCAAACAUAUACAUCUGUUUCCGUAGCGUAUCUUUCAUGUUAGUAUUACAUCAAACAUAUACAUCUGUUUCCAUAGCAUACCUUUCAUGUUGGUAUUACAUCAAAUAUAUACAUCUGUUUCCGUAGCGUAUCUUUCAUGUUGGUAUUACAUCAAACAUAUACAUCUGUUUCCGUAGCGUAUCUUUCAUGUUGGUAUUACAUCAAACAUAUACAUCUGUUUCCGUAGCGUAUCUUUCAUGUUGGUAUUACAUCAAACAUAUACAUCUGUUUCCGUAGCGUAUCUUUCAUGUUGGUAUUACAUCAAACAUAUACAUCUGUUUCCGUAGCGUAUCUUUCAUGUUAGUAUUACAUCAAACAUAUACAUCUGUUUCCAUAGCAUACCUUUCAUGUUGGUAUUACAUCAAAUAUAUACAUCUGUUUCCGUAGCGUAUCUUACAUGUUGGUAUUACAUCAAACAUAUACAAAAGCGUAUCUUUCAUGUUGGUAUUACAUUAAACAUAUACAUCUGUUUCCGUAGCGUAUCUUUCAUGUUGGUAUUACAUCAAACAUAUACAUCUGUUUCCGUAGCGUAUCUUACAUGUUGGUAUUACAUCAAACAUAUACAUCUGUUUCCGUAGCAUACCUUUCAUGUUGGUAUUACAUCAAAUAUAUACAUCUGUUUCCGUAGCAUACCUUUCAUGUUGGUAUUACAUCAAAUAUAUACAUCUGUUUCCGUAGCAUACCUUUCAUGUUGGUAUUACAUCAAAUAUAUACAUCUGUUUCCGUAGCAUACCUUUCAUGUUGGUAUUACAUCAAACAUAUACAUCUGUUUCCGUAGCGUAUCUUACAUGUUGGUAUUACAUCAAACAUAUACAUCUGUUUCCAUAGCAUACCUUUCAUGUUGGUAUUACAUCAAAUAUAUACAUCUGUUUCCGUAGCGUAUCUUUCCUGUUGUAAUAAUCACUAGUCCACACAAAUAUAACUUUUUGUUUUUAAAUAUUUUUGGUGAUUUAUUUCUUUUUAUACAAAUACAAUAAUUUUAUUUAUUUUAAGAACUUAAGAGCAGGCGAUAGGUUAAACAUGAUUAUUUACAAAGAAAAUUCUUAACAAUUAAAACUUUAUCAUCCCAUUAAUUGAAAAGGAAAUACCCCCAAGAAGUUCUCCAUUGGGAAAAUUUAUAUAACUCUUGGACAUUUGUUUGCCUGGGUUGAAGCAUGUCAGUGUGUCAGAAAAUGGUCAUCUCUUAUAUUGAGAUUUGUGGUGAAAAAUAAGAUAGGCCACUUAAAAAAUAUAAAUUGUUUUUGGGAUUAUUAUUUUUCUAAAUCAUUGAUGUGGUAAAUCUGACGAACAAAAUAUCAAUUUGGUGUGGCCUUAUUUGUCAUCACUGUCCACUUUGGUAUUGUUCAUUUCUUGUAUAUAUAUAUAUAUAUAUAUAUAUAUAUAUGUUCAUAAAAGUAAACAUGCACCUUUACCUUUAAUUUUAAGCAUUUUAUAUUUUAACCUUUAAAGGUCAAUAUAAAUCUGACUUCUAAAGUGCAUUUUUACAGUGCAUUUUAUUAAAACUAUUUUUUUUUUAUGAAUCUUUUUGAUAUCCUUAUAAUGCACAAUAAUAAUUGAAUCAUUUUAUCAUGAGAUAAAGCAUCAUUUUCUGUUGAAUGUUGUUGCGUGUAUUCCAUUUCUUGUGUAUUUUGUGCAUUUUUAUUUUAAUGCAUUAAUUGUGUAACCUCAUAUGUAGAACCCAAUCUAAUUUCUUUAUUGACUAUUGAUUUGCAUGAGUGUUUGCUAUUUUGUAUACUUAUAUGUAAUUUCUUAACACUACUUAAGUACUUGGAAAAGUACCUAUGACUGUAACAUACUAAUACUUUUCUUGAGAGAUUGUAGCAUAACAACGGCAGUGUUAUUACUCUUGUUGCCAGUUUCUAAUGGUUAUUAAAAAAAACGCAAUGUGAGUGUAUAUUCAGGUCUUUAUUUCACUGAUGUGAAAAUGUAUGGGAUUUAUUGACAUUUUAUAAUAAAUAUUUUUCAUAAGUAGCCAAGACACAAGUGUCAAGUGUGAGUUUUUAUUAUAAGUGAAAUAAUUGUUUAUGUCUAAACUUUUAUGCUUUUAUAUUUCAUGUUUUAUAUGUGAGGUACACAACACUGUAAGAUCGUGAUUUAUACAUCACCUCAAGCCACACUUGAUGUUUAUUUAAUUAUGAAAAGAGGGAACAAGCGUGAAAAUAUUUAUUAUUAUAACAUGAAAUAUUUCACUGAUGUGUGAAAAGUUGUUAGCUGCUUGACGAUAUGCAAAGCUCAUGAAACAUAUGAAGAUGAAUGUUUUCACAGUGCUUGACUUGUAAAUGCAUGAGUACAGCUUAUCAUGGUAUCCUUCAAACAUUAUCAAGUUUAAUAUAUAUAUAUAUAUACUCAUUAAAAUAAGUUAAGGACCACAUCAAGAAACUGAUAUAUUUCAAUUGGUAUAUGAGGUUUUUCAUGCACACGGUAUGUCACUAAAAUGCUUUUGAGUGAUUCCUAACACGUGCCAAAGCAUGUUGCAGUCCAAGUAUUAAUCAAGUUGGAUAAUUCUAUCUUGAUUAUAAUGCAAAUUAUUGCCCUUUAGAAUUCAACUUAGAAAUUCUUGUUAAGAUUUUGCAUGUAAGCAUGCAUAGGUUAAACUGACAGUCUUAUUCAAAAUCAAUACAUACACAUGUAUAACAAACAUAAUUUCUGACUGAUAAACGUUUAACUUAAUUCUUACUAAAUAAUGCAUACAUGGAAAAUAUAAACUACUGAUAACAAAUGUAACUGUGAAUUUAAAGCUAAAAUAUUGAUUGGUGAAUGCCAAAAGAUUUACUGGGAUCUACUAUAGUCUCAUAAGGUAAAAAUACCAUGUUUUAUGCUCAUUUCUUUCAAAUUAAACUCGGUAUCCUUCAUUCUAACCAUUUUUUUACAUUUAUUCAUCCUUUUUGGAAUAUUAAAACAAUAUUAUUAAUUGUGGUAAAUCUUAUUUGGGAGUAAGAGUGCAUCUUUAAUAUCUACUGUAUUUUGCAAAUAAUGGCUGUUUAUUUUUCGACUUACAAAUUCUGGUUAAAGUUUUGCAUGUUACCACAUUUAGGCCAAUAUCUCAGCUAAUACACCAUGUAUUGCAUAUAAUCUUUAUACACAGGCUCCUAUCCCUCAAACCUUUUUAAUUAAUCAAGUAAGAUAACUGUAUCUUGCAUAUAAUAUGAAUUUUGCCCCUUUGACAUAGAAAUUCUGGUUAAGGUUUUGUAUGUAAGCACAUAUUAUCAGUAAAUAACUCAGCAACUGCUUGAUGUAUUGCUUUGAAACUUUAAACAAUCAAGUAUGAUAACUUUAUCUUGCAUAUAAUGCAAAUUUUGCCCCUUUUUAAUUUGACUUAGACUUUCUGGUUGCAUGUUUCACAAAAACUUUGUAAUCCUUAAACUUAAAAGCUGCAGAAUAGUGGAGCAUGCUGUCUCUGUGACAGCUCUUGUUCUGUAGUUUUAUUUGACAUUUUAAAACCUGAAUGUUGUGCUUUCAUAGGCUGUUAAUUUUUCUUUUUCUGUUUUCAUUGUGAACAUUAACUCUCUUAUUACACAUUUGACUGAAUUGUAUUUGAUUGCCUUUGACACAAUAUAAGAUAAAAUUACCUAUAACAGAAUGUGGUCCUUAAAUUAUUUUGUACUAUCAAUAUUGAGAUAUGUUAAGUCUUACUUUCUCUCAUGAAUCACUUUGUUUAUGAUUGGUAAUGUAUGCCUCAGAUUAUGAUCUGCACAGUUCAUUCAUUUAUAAGUAAUUUAUAAGUAUUUUCUUUUAACCCAUUGCAUUUAAAUAGCAGUAAAAAACUUUAUAUUUUGUCAGUUAAAAAUAAUCCUAAUCUGUAAUUAAAGGGUUAAAAAAGUAAUCAUUCUUAUAUUCAUUUUGAUGGUAGAGACUAAGCCCUAAUCCCUAGAUAUGAUAAUCCUUAUAAAGCACUUCAUUUUCUUGCUUAGUGAUGGACUGUGAAGUUAAUUUGCAUCGGCUUGCAUGAUAUACAUUAUGCCUUCUUUAGUGUUUAAAGAUUUGUAAAGAAGUUUUAAAGUUUGUCUUGUCCACAACUAUGGAAUGCUAAAGGUAAUGUACAACUUUUCUGACUGUUUCAUAUACAUAAUUAGUGAUAAGUAUUUAUGUAGUCAUUUCAUGCAUUAAAUGUCUUAUUUUUGUGUCUUGUCUUUAUAAUAGCACAUCUAAUAUCAGUGUUAUCCACACAUUUCUGACUCCAGCUAAAGGUAGCACUCCUUUUUGGUCAUAGAGGGGUUACUUUUACAAUAUUGUUAGUUUGCAGAUUGGCAUGAAAUGACUACAAAAAGACCUUCCUAUGAUCAGAAAAAAAUCUAAUGAUUUGUGUUAAAAUACUAACUACACUUUGAAAUAAAGCUAAUAAAUGAAAAUAUGAAUAUAUAAAAAAAGAAAUCAUCCUAAAUUAGUUUAUUUGUGUAAAUAUGGAUGAAUUUAUAAUAGUUUUAUGAUUUAAAAUGAAUAUGGUAUAUUGAAACAAUAACAAAUUAAUCAUACCAUUUAUAUUUUAGAAACUGUGGUUGUAAUGGAAGAAUGAUGAAUUAUAAAGAAGAUUCCAAAAUUUAAUGCUUGGAUAAAUUUAGACAUUGAUGGAAAGAAAUUAAUUUCAAUUACUAGACAUUUGCUGUAAAUUUGCUUGGAGAUAGAAUGAAUAAUAGAAGAAAGAAAAAAACUACCAGAACAAACUUACCAUUUUAAGCAACAUAUCAGACUACAAUAUAACCAUUAGAGAAGAAUGUAAAAUGGGAUCCAAGGAGCUUGUGAAUGAGUACUUGUCAGAUUUUGUUGGGCCUCAUCAUUACAACAGCUUGUCCCCUGAUGAGGUGAAAGUAGAGCAGAAAGAACACAGAGGAAACUCCCUAGAUUAUGAGCCAUACCGAAGACCAAAGUCUAGAAUAAAUAAAUCCCAGUCAUUUGUACAGAGCAGAUCUAAAAAUGGAUCAGUUUCAUCAAGAUCAGUUUCAUCUUCAGUUGGCAGACGAAGGGAUGUAGGAGAUACGGACCCAGACCGAAGACCAAGGUCUAUAAUAAACAGAUCCCAGUCAUUUGUACAGGGCAGCUCUGAUAAUGGAUCAGUUUCGUCAAGAUCAGUUUCAUCUUCAGUAUGCAGACAAAGGGAUGCAGAAACAGUUUCAACUUAUUCAAGAAAUGUGUCAGCUCAAGAGUGGGUAACUUCUUUGGAUCAUCGGAGCAAGAAAGACUGGGAAAGAAGUCCUUACAAUGAAUUCCAAAGACCAAAGUCAUCAUGGAGAAAUCGGCGUGUAGUUGGCCAAAGUUUAAGACCUAUUUCAUCUAAGAAACUAUUGUCAGAGAAAGAUCACGAUGAUUUAAGUUAUAUAAGAUCACGCUACUACCCACCGCCACACAACUGCUUAGUUGAUCAUGGCUAUCAUAACAGGUCAAACCCAAUAAAAGUAAGUCGUCCAAAAACUGCAAAUGUUGUAAAAUGUACUCCACUUGAAAAAGAUAUAGAUGUUAGUGUUAAUAUGGGAUCAAACACACAGAGGCAUGUAAGACAUGUCUUGCAUGGCGUGGAUGAAGAACGUGUUUAUGUCAGAAAUAAGAGAAAUGGGGUUGAUAUUAAUAUUCCAGGAACAGUAAUGAAUGACAACGAAGGUUCUAAUGUUAGAGGUGUAAGACCCAGCUCACCUGUGAAUGUGAAUAUCAAUGUUGACUUAAAAGAAAAACAGGGAAAUGGAAAGACAGUAAAGUUGUACAAAAAAGGAAAAUCAUUUCUUGAACAGGUUCUUGACCUUAGUGAACCACACCAACCUGGAAUAUCCAAAGCUUAUGCCAUGCACAUCAUGCAGAUGCCUGACCUGAAGGGUAAACACCUAAGAAAUGCCUCACGUGGUAUGUCAGCUAAAAGAAGUAAAUCAAGAUCCAGAGCUAGGUCCCCUUCACCAAGGGGGGGUAAAGCCCUCAGAAGAGAACUAACAAGGGCCAAGCAAGAAAUUGUUGAGAAAGUUGAACAUGGUAAAACUCAGCUUGAGCACCUGCUACAAGAGUCAAUGGACACAUUCGCAGAAAGGCUUAAAGAACAGCAAGAACAGUUUGCAGAACAGUUAAAAACUGCCCAUGAUCAGUUUGCAGAAGAUUUGAAAGAGGCACAGAGCUCUCUGUCAGAACAUGGUCAAACUAUAAAAGGUGAUAUGUCAAACCAACUUGGAGAAGCUACAACUCAGAUAUCUAAUCAAUUGCAAGAAACCCAAGAUAUCCUUAAAGACAACCUCAAUCAGUCACAAAAUGCUAUAUCAGCACAGCUUCAGGAGUCCCAGAAUGUUUUAUCAAAUCAACUUAAGGAGUCUCAAACUAACUUUGGGGAACUUGUUAAAGACUCACAAAAUGUUCUUGCUGACCAACUCAAAGAUUCUCAGCAUGUAUUCAGUGAACAGGUCCAGGAUUCACAGAAACUGCUCUCUGAACAAUUAUUAGAGUCACAAAACACUUUAACAAAUCAAAUGAAGGACACACAACUUAUUUUAACAAAUCAACUUAAAGAAUCUCAAAAGAUGAUUGCUGAGCAAGUCAAAGAAUCACAGCAAAUGGUUGCAGAUCAGCUAAAAGAGUCACAAGAAGCUUUAGCAAAUCAAUUACUUACCAAUAAAGCAAACUUUGCAGAACAAUUCAAAGAGUCCCAAAAAUCAUUGUUCACUCAGUUAGAGGAAUCUAAAAAUGAACUUUCAAGCCAGCUGGAGUCUGCUCAAAAUGUUAUCAAAGAUGAUCUAAAGAAAACUCAAGACUCUAUUGCUCAAAAGUUAGAAGAAAGCCAGACAGCUUUAUCUGUUCAGCUACAGCAGACACAGGAUAAGAUUGAUCAUCAAGUUAUAGAGUCACAAAAUAAGAUAAGUGAACAACUUGAAGAUACUCAAAAUCAAAUUGAAAAGCAACUUGAAAAUACCAUUGGCAAAAUUGAUGAGCAAGAAACAAAUGCUAGAGAAAAGAUUCAGAAAGAUACUGAAGAAUCACAGAAAAAUAUACAGAAACAGGAAGAAGAUGCAAAGAAUAAACUUCAGCAAGAAAGUGAUGAAAGUCAAAAGAGACUAUUGGAACAAGAAAUGGAUGCAAGAGAAAAACUGCAGAAAAAAUCAGAUGAAACACAAAUGCGAUUGGCAGAGCAAGAAGCAAAGGCUAAAGAACAGAUGGAAAAUGAAAGAGCAGAAACACAGCGAAGACUGGAAGAACAGGAAAAUAGAGCUAGAGAAGAAAUGCAAAAGCAAAGUGAAGAUACCCAGAAAAGAAUUGCAGAACAAGAAGCAAAUGCUAAAGAAAAGCUUAUUAAAGAAGGUCAAGAGACGCAGAGAAAGCUUGCUGAACAGAGUGAAGAGACACAGAAAAAGAUUGCUGAACAAAGUGAAGAAACACAGAAGCUUCUUAAAGACCAAAGUGAAGAAACACAGAAAAAACUUGCUGAACAAAGUGAAGAAUCUCAAAAGAAACUUGCAGAAAAAAGUGAAGAAACACAAAAGAUGAUAGCUGUACAGAGUGAGGAGUCACAGAAAAAACUUGCAGAGCAAAGUGAGCAAUCACAAAAGCAAUUGGCUGAUCAGAGUGAACAAACACAACUGAAACUAGCUGAACAAAGUGAUGAGACUCAGAAGAGACUUGCAGAACAGAGUCAGCAGUCACAGAAACAACUGGCGGAGCAAAGUGCAGAGACUCAAAAGAAACUUGCAGAACAAAGUGAAGAGUCACAGAAAAAGCUUGCAGAGCGAAGUGAAGAAACUCAAAAGAAAUUUGCUGAACAAGAAAAGAAGGCAAAAGAGGAUAUGAACAGAGAAAGAGAAGAAGCAGCAAAGAAAAUUGCCAUUCAGGAGGCACUUGCAAUGGAGAAGAUGAAACAAGAAAGUGAAAAUACUUCAAAAAAACUAAAAGAGCAAGAGGAUCAAGCAAGAGAUCAAAUGAAAAAAGACAGUGAAGAAACAGCUAAAAGACUAACUGAACAAGAAACUGUUGCAAGGAUAAACCUACUAAAGGAAAGUGAAGAAACACAGAAAAGACUUAGUGAACAAGAAGCAAAAACUAGAAUGACCAUGCAGAAAGAAACUGAAGAAUCGGCAAAACGUUUAGCAAAACAAGAGGAAUCAGCUAAACAAAAUCUCUUAAAAGAAGGAGAAAAAUCAGCUCAGAAAUUGGCAGAGCAAGAAAAACAGGCGACACUAACAAUGAAACAUGAGGCUAACAAAAGCAAAGAAAUGAUAGCUGAACAAGAAAAGAAAGCAAGAACUGGUCUGGAGAGAAGAAUGGCUGUUUCUCAAGCAGAGAUGAGUGAAGCAAUGUCAGCUGUCAGAAAUGCCAGGAUGCAGUCGGAAUCAGCUACUGUCCAUGCAAGAAAACCCCCAAAGCAGAACAACACGGAUGAUACAGAUGCUCUAACUACUGAAUCAGGGAGACCCCCCGCUACUCCUGGCAGACAGAGACCUGUGGAGAAACAGUACACAUACCAUAUGCCUGAAGUAGUGUACAUGAAGAAUGAUCAGAAAAUGGAACUUAUAGAGAUUCCUCAAGAAAUUCCUGAUGAUGACAUGAUGUACUUUACUCAUGAAGCUGAAGAUGGUGAAGAGGAUCAUGGUGUUGUUGAUGAUGUGUAUGAGAACAUAAUAGCAUCACUUGAUGAUGAUCAAACUGACAAAUCCCAGUCUGAAAACAGGGAAAUGGGCAGAGUAGGAUAUGCUGGAAGGGGCAAAAUUCUUGUGUCCAAACACCACACAAGUCCAAGAAAAGCAAGUGGAAAUUUGGAGGAUAAUGGAGAAAUAAGUAGGCAUAUGUAUAAAGGUAAUGCAAGUAUGGUUGAAACAUCUGAGGGACUACACCAAGAAAGGGAAAAAUUCAAUGAAGUAAGAAAAGCAAAUGCAUAUGAGACAGAUAGGGUCAGAAAACUAUAUGAUGCCCAUAUUAAACUAACAAGAGGGUCUAAUGAAAGGAGCUUUAGAUGGAAAACGAAUACAAGCGAAGCAUUAAAAGUCCAAUUGCCAAGUUUGCCUGCCAGUCCAAUUUCAACCCCCCGGGGGCAAGAUCAAGGGACUGCAAGUACAAGUAACUCAAAUAGGAAUCCUGAAUCUAUAAAUCAGUCCAAUGAUGCAAUUUAUAUGACAAAUAUAAGAGAUAAUAUUGAUGAUGAUUCUGGUCUUGAAAGUUUUCGGCCUGAUGAAAUAGAGGGUCCUAGACAAAGGUCAUCUGGGAGGAAAAGAUCUUUUGUAAAAAUGGACAGGGCUUGAUGGACAAAAAGAAUCCUCUGAUAGUCAUAUUGAGUCACUUUAUAAUGAUUAUUAUUUUUUUAAAUAAAACUGGAGUACAUAUAUUUUGUGUCGUAAUCAAUAAAAGGUUGUUCUGAAGUUUGUUGCUCAUCUCUGGUAACCAUAUUAAUCAAAAUGAUAAAAGUCAGGGGAGAUUAAUGUAUUGUUCAAUGUGUGUAAUCUGCAGAUCAUGAUUGCCAAACAGUGCAGUUUAAAAUGAGAAAUGCAAAUACUUUAUAGUAGUUACAUAUUUUGUACUUUUUCAUAAAACUUGUCAUGUGUUUGUGUUUUGAUCACCUUAUUAUUAUUAUUAUGUUUUAUACUGACUUGUUUUUCUACACCUAUAUAAAACAUAGACUGUAUAAUUGGAUCCCUUAGGGUAGGUCCAAUAUUCUACAGCUGCUACACAGUUUUACGCUUUCUAACUUGAGCAGUUCCCAUCCAUUUUUAGCUAACUAGCUCUUAAUUUUUAUGGGCAUUUUAUCUUUGACAAGGUUGUUUACCAUAAAGUUUAAUAGCGCUUUUCUCAAGUUAAACCCUUUGUAAAAAUUUGACCUUAAAUUUACCUUUUCUUUUGUCCAACUUGAGCAAGCUUAGCCUGUGCUUACCAAAACUUGGUAGGUAACAAUGUUUUAUAUUGGUUUAAUAUACUGAAUGACACAGCAAUUGCUUAAGACACCCUAGAGUUAUGGCCCUUUGCAAUUACUUGCUAUGUAACUUGACCUGUCUGAAUGGGCAUGUAUGUUUCACCCUGGCUAUAUUGCUUUAUUGCUCACUCUUGCAGUGCUUUCAUUCCUUUGUUUAGUCUCUUGUUUUUUCUGUUCUGUUUUCCUUUCUAUGUAUGUAUUUAUUUAUUAUGGCAGAUUUUACAUAAAACAAACAAAUGGUCAAUGAUUUUAUAGUUAGUGCUUUGCCAUCAAAACAAGAAUAGUUUUGAUAUGAAUCAGUUAAUAUGUUAUAAAUGACAUUUGCCAUCAUGUGUGAAACUUUAUUUACUUCGUAUGGUUUUUGUUUCAUGGAGAUUCUGGCAUACAAUUAUGUUAAUUAACUAAAAAGUACUUGAAUCACUUAUGUGUAGUUGAUUGUUUUGUUUUUAACAUAUUUUAUUUCAUGAAAAGGUUCCAAAUGACAAAUGUUUAUUUCAAUUGAUUGUUGUCUUGAAUAAAAAUAUAUUAACUACAGUAUAUGUGUUUUUUUGAGUCAAAGUACCCCAGUAAACGAUUUAACAACAUAGAUUUAGAAAGAUUAAAGACAGGAUGCAUUAGGAGAACUGAACAAAUGCAUUUUAAAAUACUAUUAGUAAAACCUUAACAAGAGAGUAAUUCUGAGUGGCACAGUAAACCAAAUAGUAUGUUGAUCAAUUUUAUAAGAAAGUUUUACGCCUCAAAGGGUCACUUAACAUUAACCGGCUUUGACAAAUAGAUACUGCAGAAAAGUGAUAACCAGUAGCAGAUAUGACAUGACUUGACAUGACAUGUAAAACAUUGACUUAUGUGUAACCAUUACCAUGGACUCAUCAUUUCUUUUCUCAUGGUGAGUGUUUAGAGUAUUGUUAUUCUGUUCAAUAUUUGCACAAUUGCUCUUGU